AUGGGAGUAGCUGGAUUCACUACAUUCUUCAAGUCCUUUAGGUCUGGCAAGAGUAUUUCAGUGUCCGAGAUUGCCAAGACCAAGAGGGUCAUCAUCGCUAUUGAUGGCAACGCAUUGCUUUAUAACCUUGCUCAGACUGAACUAUCAUCAUGUGGCUCAUACUUGCACCUCAACAACUCAUUCAGAAGAUUCUUUGAGAUAUUGAAACGAUUCAAUGUCGAACCUGUUGUGUUCUUGGAUGGACUUUCACCAGAAUCUAAACUCGAAGAGUUGGAGUCUCGUUUCGCCAACAAGCUCAAGGACAUCAAGAUUGUGACCACCAACCUCAAGGAGAACAAGCCAUUCCCAUUCUCCACUGACUUUGCACCUGCACCAAAGUUGAUGGCUGCUCAAUUCAAACAUGUAAUGUCAGAUAUGGGCGUACAGUUCCAUACUACAUUCCUUGAACUGGAUCAAUACAUUGUACAAUGGGCAGAUGACAACAAGGACAAGGUAUUUGGCAUCUUAUCGAAUGACUCUGACUACUUCUUCUUCAGAUUCCAAAGUAUCUUGUACUUCCCACUGAACGAUUGGACUAUGGAUGACGACGAGAUACUUGGAGUUGGUUAUGUCACAGCUGAUGUAGCCGAGACCCUCGGCAUCUUGGAGAGGCAUCUCCCAAUACUUGCAACAAUCACUGGCAAUGACUUUACCAAGCACAUCAUCUCGAAACACAAGGGACCUCCAAAGUAUCGCAUACCAAAGAUCAUUGAGAACUUGAACAGGAAUAGACGACUGAAUAUCGAAUCAGUGUUCAAGGACAACUACUUCAAAUUAUCGGAUCAGGACUUAAAGACAUGCUUGAAGUCAUACAACUUCUACCAACCAAACGAGCAAGAGGUGUCGCCUGCUACGGGCAUCACUCAGGCGGACGGACUGUUCUUCCGCCACUGCACCGACCCUCGAUUCCUCAUGCUCAAGGCCGACCACAAGUACUUCAACAGAUUCUUUGGUACAGGUUACAACAUGGUCAACUACAACUACCUAUCGCUCCUUAUCUCCAAGCGACUACAAAUGUCCAGCUUCUGCAUUGAGCCAAACAUACACUAUCACCAAUCAAUCAUCUUCCACACGUCGCCCAUUCGCCAGAAGAUGUUUGGUCUGAUCUCCUACCCUCCAGAUCCCACUCCAUUCAAGUAUGUUGACCUUGUACCUCAUGAUGAUACAUACCUCCGCAACUUGGAAUCUCCAUUAUAUACAACAUUCGGUAUCGAUGAGUGUUGGGACGAGAAAGUCACGCUUAGUGCCAGAAUCAAGGAGUUCUGUCUAAUCUUUGGAUCGAGUGAGGCCAAGGCCAUCAGCUACAGCACCAAAUACACCAAAGGUGCCUUCGACGACUUGAUGCUCAUCCUCUUCUGUCGAUUCUUGAGGAGCAAGCAACUGGCUAUCAAUUUGGAAGAAUGGAUGAUUGACUUAUGGGUGUUCAACUACUUGUUGUUGGGACAGGGUAUCGCAUUGCCCAACCACGAAGUGUUUACAAAGGAUCAGAUCACUUAUAUGCCAACUCAGUUGUCUGACUUGUUUGCCACACUCUACUUCUUGGCCUACACAAUAGUAGAGGUGUUGAAUAUUGUCAGUUGGUGUCCAUUCCGAGCACCUCAUAAAGUGAUCGAUACCAUCAACCUACAUCUAUUGUGGACUGCCGCUUCACCACAUCUAUCAUCUCUGGCAAAUGGAACAGGACAUCGACUUGAUACAUUGUUCUCCAACACAGUUUACAAUGAUAUGAUUGAUGAUCAGAUCAGAUCAAAGUUUGAUCAACUCAAACAACAUAUCAAUCAUGUUGUUGAUGUUGUAGGAGAUGAUGAAGAUGAAGAUGAUGAUGAAGAUGAUGAAGAUGAUGAUGUUGACUCACUUUCAAGUGGAGUUCAAUCACUGGGCAUCAAGACCAUAACUACGAACAAUGGUGCGCCAUCAGCCAAUUAG